AUGGUUUCCAUUCGAAUUCAGUAUCUGCUAGAUGCUGUCCAAUAUGGACUGGAUUCAUGGCCUAAACUGCUAGCCAUGUGUCCUCCUGCUUUUCAACCAAACUUGCGGGCUCUUGCCGAUCACUCUCAUGCCAUUACUAUGAUCCUUUUGCUUUUAGUAUCCAUGCGCCUAUUUGGUCGUCCCAUUAAGUUUGUUCAUUGGUCAAUGAUCUACGUUGCCGGUAUUGUUUUUGGUGUGAUCACUGCCAUUAGUCUGCUCUAUGUCAACGCCAUGCUCAACGCUCAAGAUAUUAUGCACCAGCAGAAUAAUGGCACUGGUGAUUACACUCCUUACCUUCCUCUCGAUCUUACCAUGCAGUAUGAUUAUCGUAAUGUCACUCGCCUUAUGGUACGCUCUGGUCCUCACGGCAGAGAUAACUAUGCCAUGUACUUGAUAAUUGACACUUUCAACAUCUUGGCAUUCCUUUGGUUCCAUCGUGCCUUGAUUAAGCUGACCUAUAAGGAUGACACUGAUAUGCAGGCCUUUUUGAUUGAUAUGCUGUAUCGCCUUCCCUCUGUCUAUGCUGCUUUCGAUAUGUUUGAAAACUUGUCUGGCGCUAGUUUUAUUGGUUGGUUCGAAUAUGAUGAGAUGAACAAGAUACCGUUUGCUCUUACUAGUGGAUUCAUUGCUCAAGCCUCUUUUGCUACUCGUAUAAAGUGGGGCGUGCUUUAUGUCAUGUGUGCACUAGAACUGACUGGCUGUAUCAAGUAUGUCUACGAUCGCAGAUGGAAAAUUGACUAUGAGAAUGAGCAAAAAGAAGAACGUAAACGACAGGGUAUUUCUGAAUCCGAAGACGAAGCUGCUCCAUUGGUCCAAGAAGAUUCCGAAGAUGAAGAUACUCCCUAUGUUUCCAAAGAUAAUGCCGCUACCUAUUCUGCUGAUGAGGAAUCUGAGGAUGAAAAGCCCGUCCAAACCAAAAAGUCUCCUCGAAAACAGACUCCCAAGAAACAUUGA